GAUAUUGCGCGCAUCUGGAAGUCAGCAGUCCGGUCCUAGCGUGUGAAAUCUUGCCCAAAGGAUCAAACAAGGGUCAUCAAUCAUCACGAGCAUCCGGAGGAACGGGUCGUUCCUGGAGCUUCGCGGGACAACCUGCCUAUAUAUCUACUCUGUCCCUUGCCUGUUCUCAUUCCGUGUGCAAGAUUCAGCGACAUGGGUUACGUCUUCUCUCGCCCGUCAGACGUCAAGCCGUUCGCGUACCUCUCCAUCCCCGCCGGUUCCCAACAAUAUGACAUCAUACUGGUCGGCGCUGGCCCUGCGGGGUGUGUGCUUGCGAACCGUCUAAGCGAGGGCGGCAAAUAUCGCGUUCUCUUGAUCGAAGCAGGCGUGGAUAACAGCAAGGAGACGUUCACGAAGAUUCCUGCGACUUGGGCAAGAACGCUGUGGACUGGUAUCGACUGGCAGUACUAUACGACCCCGCAGAAGCAUCUCGAUGGACGCAGCCUAUUUUGGCCCAGGGGCAAGGUCCUUGGUGGAAGUAGCAGUAUCAACGCUUUGAUCUAUCACUGUGGUGCACCAGCGGACUUUGAUGCUUGGGCUGAAGAGGAAGGUGCGGCGGGAUGGGGGUAUAAGGAUCUUGCACCAUACUUCCGGUUAUCGGAGACCUACACGCCUAAAGAGCAUCACGCCGACGUGGAUCAGACUCAUCGUGGCACCUCUGGUCCAUGGCAAACCUCUUUCUCCCCUCCUACCCCCGUCUUGCAGAAAUACGUUUCCGCUGCGCAGACUGUUGGCAUACCGUACACGCCCGACUUGAACACACCCGCCGGGACUGAGGGGGUGAACCAACUGUCGACGUUCAUCGAUCAGAAGGGGCACAGGAGCUCGGGGGCGACGGCUUACCUCACCCCGGACGUGCUGACGCGAGAGAAUCUGACCGUGCUGACGGGCGCACGGUGUACACGUGUACUGCUGCUUGAGGGGAAAGCAGUUGGCGUGGAGCUGGUCGACGAGCAGUCGCGUACUGUCGCGAAGGAGGUGUAUGUGAGCGAGGGGGGAGAGGUCAUCGUCUGCGCGGGGGCAGUCAACACCCCUCAACUGCUGAUGCUCAGUGGACUGGGGCCGAAGGAGGAGCUGGAGAAGGUUGGGGUGCAAUGUGUCAGGGAUCUGCCGAUGGUUGGGAAGAAUCUCCAGGAUCAUCUCCAAACCUGCAUCUGUAUCCGUACCAAGCCCGGUCGCUCCCUCGACUUCCUCGCCACCUCACCCCUACAAUCCCUCUUCCCCCUCGUGCAAUGGAUGCUCGGCUUCAAAGGUCUGCUGACUCGGAAUGGCGCGGAAGUAGCCGCCUUCUGUCGGAUGGAUGAUCCCAAGUUCGGGUUCGACGGUCCAACACACGGCGAGUACAAGUCCAACGCGCACCCCGGCACGCCAGACAUGGAGAUCAUCGCCGCACCCGUAUCGUUCGUCAAUCACGGCGCAGUGAAGGGACCCUGGAUGCGAGGAAUCACGAUUGACCCUGUCCUCCUCCAGCCGAAGAGCAAGGGCUGGGUAACGCUCCGCAGCAACGAUGUAUGGGAAUAUCCAGAGAUUGAACCCAACUACUUCUCCGAUCCCUCAGACUACCAGUGUCUAGUACGCGGAGUGCGCGUCGCCUUGCGGAUAGCGCGCUCUUCUCCCCUAGUUGAGGAAUUCGACCUCCGCACGGGAAAGCAUCCGAACGUGUGCAAGGAUACAGAAGAGGACUGCUAUAAUAUGGGAGACUCGAAGGAAGAGGAUCUAAGUGAUGAGGAGAUCGGAGAGUGGGUCAAGAGGAAGGCUGAGACGCUUUAUCAUCCUUGCUGUUCUGCGCGCAUGGGCAAAUCUCCUGAAGACAGCGCCGUAGACCUUGAACUACGCGUACACGGUAUCGACCGGUUGCGCUUGGUCGACACCUCUGUCUUCCCGCGGAUCGUUUCUGGGCAUACAACGGCACCGGUCAUCGCCGUUGCGGAGAAGGCAGCGGUGCUAAUACGCUCGGCGUUGGCGGGAAGGGAGGGGAAAUGAUGCUUGUACGGUAGUUUGCUUUCGAUCACGUAAAGCACUUACGUUGAUCUGCGUGUCGGUCUUUGGUACCAUAUGAUAUGCUCUUAUGGUAAUGGCUCA